ACUCUGGCGCGGAGGGAUAGAGGACAAAAACGUGACUAGGCAGCGAGCUGUUAUGCAACUGCUGACCUACUAACACAUAUUUCUAGAAAGGGAGCCGGAGAAACUAGAGCAAAGUGUCCGGCAUCGCACAACACGCGGGCAGCCCGAGCCUAAAGACAGAACCAGCAUCCACCCGACCCAUCGACUCAACCACAAACUGACCAGAGCACCGACAGGAAGCCGAGACGAAAACUUUUCGGUUUUUUUUCCGGGGAGGUUUCUUUUAGUAGGACAAGGGAAGGAGGAAACGGGAGCGAGACAGCUUUUGUGUCGGGGAAGCCUGAAUCUUUCCCCCCCUCCUCCAGGACAUGGAAAGUUAGUGGUCAGCAAACAGCAGCACUGAAGCAGGAUCCUCAGGGAGCCCCGAAGUAGACGGAUUGACCUACAUCCUCUGUGAGACACAAGAGAAGGAGAGCAGCGGCCCGACAGGCAUCACAGCUUUGCUAAACAUUGCGGAAGACACUGAUAAACUCAAAGUCACCUCCAGCGAGACUCCAGGGACUGCUUUAAACUGUUUGCCAAGACAGCUGGAAGACUCUUUGCUCACAAUACAAAUUUGUUUCUGUUCAUAGGUUCCUUGUUCAGAACACAAGUUCAAUGUCUGAGGUUUUCGUGGAGUUCCACCUCUUUUUGAUCUUCUUGGCUAAUAUGGACACUUGAACGAUUUAAUCUUGAAAGACAGGUAACAGAAAUCAAUGAGGCUAUCCCUUCGAGGAGCACAAAUACCUCAUCAAGAAGUUUUUGCGGAUCCUGCAACAUAGGUCAGACUCCUUAGUAGCAAACAGAAGGCUCAUAUAGUUUUACAUCUUUUCCCUUCCCCCUUUGCCCUUUGCUAGAGUUACACUCUGGCCCCUAGCUGGGAAAAAAUGGAAAGUCUGAGUCUACACAUCCCAUCCACCAGCAACAAAAAUGCCAUUGAGGCAGACACAUUUUCUAACUACAGCGGGACCCUCCCAUCCCCUUCACCUGAAGGAGGAGUGCGGCUCAGCCGCCCGGCUAAAGGUACUAAGCCCAAUGUGACCUGCCGUCGCAAGCGAGAGUUUAUAUCUGAUGAGAAGAAAGAUGCCUGCUAUUGGGAAAAACGGAGGAAGAACAAUGAAGCAGCAAAGCGCUCAAGGGAGAAGCGUCGGCUCAAUGACAUGGUGCUAGAGAACCGUGUCCUGGCACUGAAUGAGGAGAAUGUUCGUCUAAAAACUGAGCUCCUUCAGCUGAAGUUGCGCUUUGGCCUCAUCAGCACAGCCUCCUACAUGGAGAAAAGUCAGCAGAUCUCCAACAGUGGUGCUGGUGGUAAUGCUAGUAGCAAUGGGAGCAGCACCAAUGGCACCCCAAAUGGUAACACCUACCUCUCAAGCAGCGGCUACUCCAGUGCAUCCCAGGUGAUGCUGAAUUCUGACUCAUCCGAAACUGAACAAUCAAGCCGCGGUGACCGUCACACCACUCUCCACAGUUACUCUCCCCGAGGCUCUGUCUCUGACAUGUCUGAUGGCUCCUCGAGAGACAGCCCAGAACCCAUGGGCUACAACAUAAAGAAGGAGCCCUCUAGUAUGGAGAUGGCCAGACUGGAAAGCAAUGGGAUUCCCAAUGGGAUUGCUAACGGGUUGCCCAAUUGUAUGCCAAGUGGGGCUUACAAUGGCAACCACACUGCUCUGGUUUCUCCUCACCAGCAGAACACCCCACUGGCUGAAAGUGCCAUGGACUACCAGCACCACCAAGAGCAACAGCAGUGCCACAUGGAGUCCUCCAGUCCUGCUCCUCAGGCCACCUCUGCUCAGAGGAGUGUCAUCUUGUACCGAUCCAGCAGUGGCUGUUACCCCAUGGAGAGCCAGAGGCCAGAGGACCAGCAGUCCCAGCAAAGCAGACUGCUGCAGCAAGGCCAGCACACCUCAACCUCCAAGUUCUCUGACUGCUCAGUGACCGUCACAGAGGUCGCUGAGAAACUAGAGAGGACAAAGACCGUGGACUCACCUCAGUAUGAAUACACUAACGGUCAUGCUGAGUCGGCAGGGGAGCUACAGCACAGGUACAAUCCCAAAGGUCAACAACAGCAUGAGAACCAUCACGGGCAGUACAGCUACCAGGGUCAGGAGAGUAGUCUUCAGCAUGCACAAAGCCACCAGAACCCCUUUGCCCCAGAUCUGAUCCACAACACUGAGGAGGGCAAGUGCUCCUUCCCACAGCACAACAGCUACCUCAACACACUGGACGAAGAGCCCCCGGAGCUCACCUACGAAGGAGGCCCCCAAGCCGAUGGUUUCUACCAGGAGAACUCUUCCACUAAAGACACCUCAUCCAGUGAAGGGGACCCUCGCAGCUCUGACAAGGAGGGAUCCACAGAUGAUGAGUCCCCCUCCUCGUCCUCUUCAGACAUCAGCAGCUACCACCAGAAGAUGGUGGGAGUUGCCGGUUCACAAGCUGAGGUCAAAGCCACUGCCCUGCCCCACAAGCUUCGCCUCAAGUACAGAGCUCUGUCCAAUGGGGCGGCAGGAGUGCAAGCUGAGGGACCUGUCAACACUUCCAUGUCCCCUUCUCCCAAUUUGCCUCAGCACCCUUACUUAGCUCUACCCAGCAACCCCCAGAGCACCCAGGUUAAUGGGGAGAGCAAAGAGGUGGAGAAUGACACUGAGUAUACAGAAGAGGUCAAGCCUCAGGUGAAUGAGUCUAAAAAGGACGGGGGUAAAAGGGGAUCCAGCAGCAGCAGGGGUGGGCGCAAUAAGCGGCGAGAUUAAGGACAUAAAGGGGCAGCGCAUUCAUUCUCCUGUCACCUCUUUGUUGUCUACAACAGGCAAUUAUGAUUCACAUCGCCACCUUACAAGACAGAGAGCAAGCCAGUGAUCUGUGUGAGGUGUUGUUAGGAUGUGGUUUCACCAUAAGGUUUCACUGUGUCACCUGUUCCCCAUCCCUUUAUUAUCUUUAUUCCUACCUCCCACCUUCCCCUCCACCACUUAAAAUAAUAGAUCACUUAAUGAGGGAGGGGACAGAAUGAAACUCUCCAGAGCUGGAGUCUGGGAUAUUUCCCUUGUGGAAAAUUCAAACAUUAUUCAAUUAUUCAUUAUUGUAAACUGCCUUGGUGGCUGGCCAGCAUUUACUGUGGCAUUAUGGGAACAUUCCUUUAACCAAAGAACACGCAUCCUUCCUCUAGUGUCUCCCUUUGUGGCAGAGUUACAUUCUUCCUCCCUCUGGACACAUCUGUACCAUUUCAUCCUCUUACCAUCUGCACACAAGCCCCCUUCACUUCUGAAGCACUUAGAUUGUAUAUUACUGUGACAUAAAUUUGCAUAUAUGGAAUAUAUAUUUUAAGAAGAAAAAUGUGGCAAAAACAAGAAAAAAUAAAGCAGUUGGAUGCGGAAGUCGUAGACUUCAAAGUAAUGAGUUUGCUCUUGUUGUGACACUGUGUACAGUCCCCUUUUGUCUCAAAAAUGCCUCAAAGAUUUUUCUUUUAACUAAAAGUAUGAGCCACAAGUUGUAAAAAACAAAACAAAAAAAAAGGUACGCUUUUUUUCUAGACGUAUGGAGCAGAUUGGGGUGAUCUGAUCUCUUUGACGCUCAAAGCUGUCAAGACAGUCUGGGCCAGUCAUGCGCAUAUCAGUCAAGGCUAUGCAGUCACACAUUGCCGUUUGCAAAACCUGACAAGCACAAGGCAAGCCUCGUUUGCCAGCCGUUCCAACAAAAAUCAAUACAUCCUCUUUGCCAGGCAAAAAUUGUCUGCCUAAUAAAUGAAAUGGCUUUCCAAACCAGCAAAGCUGCUCUCUCUUCAUAAGGUGCCUCUUUAUUGUGUUGUCCCUCGUCCCCACUUUGGCCAAUGUCUUAACAAUCCCACUCACCUCCGCACUGAGUUGUUUCAGCUAGAUCAUCCAGUCUGUACAAGUUUAACUGUUUCACUUCCUGGUGCCUGCCUCUGGCCACUAUGUAUAAAUGUAAAGUUGUCUCUCUAUCUCUUGUACACUGCUGUCAUUAUUUUAUUAUUAUUUUAUUAAUAUUGUUAUUUUCUAUUAUAUUCGGUUAUUAUUUUGGCUAUUAUGUAUGUAUUUUUCUGUCAUCCUGUUGUGUCAUUUUGCUCUGUGCUCUUCCUGGUUGUGCUGUGUAUUUACUCAUACCCUUUGACCCCCAGUUACCAUUUGUAUUCUGUGCUACCAUAUAACCUUUGUUGUUCGCUGAAAGGAUUUAUGAAAUUAGAAAAAAAAAAAGAUUAAGGCUUGUCCAGAAGUGAUUAUGUAUUGCUAUACUUCAUGUGGAUAUGCAAAAUGGCUACAAAAAGACUCAUUUUUGAUUGUGAAAGAUUCAAAAUGGGGAAAAAAUAAAAGGUUGUUGAAUUUA